UACUCCUUUAAUUUUGAUCCCAGUUUUUGUGUGUUCGUUUUUUAAUACACCAAACACAGAACCCGGGCCACGCCCACACCGCCAUGGAGGACCGCCGCCAGAGACUCCGGGCGUACCGGCGGGCCCGCCGAAAGUUCGCCCUCAUUGUCUACGUCCUGACCAUUGCCUGGAUGAUACUGGCCCUCAUCCAGUGGAUAAUCGUAGCCCUAAUCGCCGAAAUCAGCGACAUCUUCCGCGCAUCUUACUGGAUAAGCAUUAUAUUCUUUGUUGUGGCAAUGCUUCUGGUAAUCCUCUUCAUAUUCCUCGAGAAGGUUCGGUUCAUAAUCGGUCUCAACUGGCUGCUAACCGUAUUAAUAGUGGAGUUCAUCAUCAUCGGAUUGUUUGCACUGGUGUCCCGAUCUCCUUGGCCAGACAUAGUCAUGUGGUUCUUUAUCUGCGUGCUGCUCGUUUUCAUAUUCGUACUUCUGGGCUCCAUAAUUCCGCAUGACCUUACACUGGAUGUGGUGAUACUGUUCGUGCUGGCCUUCAUUUUCCUGAUGAUCACCAUCUAUUUCAUCAUGUUAUAUAUUCUGCUCGAGAUGCCGUACUCCUUUCUGAUAUUCCAACUCUUUGUUAGUACCAUUGUGCUGUUGUUCGUCAUGUAUCAUGCCCAGACCAUAAACGGGGGACGGUUCGCUGAGAUGCGACUCAAUGAUCACCUGCUGGCCUCGCUCAUCCUCUUCCACGACUUCAUCAUUCUCUUCCUGCUCUCCUUCUAUGCGCAGAUCAUCCACAAGUUUGCCUCCCGGUACUCUACAACCGGCGGUGAGACAACAACCCAAGAUGCGCCUCCAGACAGCGGUAGCGGACCGGAUAGUGGACCCAGCGGGAGUGAUAGUGAGAGAGGGAGUGGGGAUGUUGGCGGGUAACUUGCCCUGGCUGGAGUACCUUUUCAGGCUAUAAUAAUCGGGGAGGAAAUGCACCUUUCGGAGUGAUCACCAGCUGGUCUCGUUCAUCCUCUUCCACGACCUCAUCGUACCUCAUUCCCAUCCCAGUAUUGUCCUCCUCAUCCACAAGUUCCUUCAUUGGAUCAUUCCGUGCCAGUUAGAUGAGAGCGGGGAAGGGGAUGACGAGUCUAGCGGUAGCAAUAGUGACAGGAAUUCAUGAUCUCCCGGAAGGCCCCCGGAAACCGGAGCACCCAACUCCGGUUCUGGCUACGACUCCGGCGACUAUAUGUCUGUGGUUUUAUUGUGUGACGUGACCCCUUCGUAAGGAGAUCGUAUUAAUUCAUCCAAAAAUAAACAAGCAGAGCGCCUCUAACUGGAACCUUGAAACUUUAA